AUGAGCAAACACCAGAACGGUCUCUUUUUCGAUCUGUCGCAUGAAAAGGCCGAGGAGGAGGACUGGACACGUUCCGUGGCAUCAAGGUUAAGGGGCGGAAAUUUUGGUUGGAUCGGAUGGAGAGGCGAGAAUACUAUCCCUACCCGGAUCCGCAAGUUGUCUGUUCUUCCGCAGCCGGCUGUCCCUAUUAUCACCUUCAAUGACAGCCUGAAAGUCUUCAUGGACAAAUUUUCAAUCUGGCAGCAAUUUGUGCGAUAUAAAGGACGAACGCGACUGGAUGCAGAUAUUCUGCAAAGACGAGUUUCAUGUGCCACCCUCUGGUGCAAAGUCUUCGCGCAACCCUUGUCAGACCCCACAUCGUCCCCAGCCACUAAACGAUCCACCUCUGCUGAAACGGCUGAGCCUCCCUAA